GCCAGCCAGCCAGCAAAAGAAAAGAGAAGCAAGCGGCACUUCUUCACCCCCUUCCAUCUCCCCGCUCCUUGUCACUCCAUCCUUCUUCCUUCCCCUCUGUGGGAUCCGCUUCCAGGCAGCCCCCUCAUCCCCCCAUCCCGCCUCUCCUACCACCCAGGACCCUUGGACUCUCCUCACUUCUGUCCCACAAAGUGACACUUUGGACAAGAUUCGCCUCCCCUCACUGUCCCCGGCCGGCCGGAGGUCUUGUCGUCUGCAAGCUCACAAUAUAAUUCCCGUUCCGUUCAACUAAUUGGAUUCAAUUUGCACCGGGAAAGCACACCAGAGAAUGUCAGCAUGAGCUGGUAACCGACUGAAAGAGAGGAAGGCGGACGGCCGCUGGAGCAAACUCUGCUGUCCUUUAUGACCUCACAAACGUUCAGCCGCAGAAGCUCUGGUGCCUAGCUGGCCGCCAUCCCAUCAUAUUCCAGGCAUCGUCACCCGGCGUCCUUCCGCCAUGGAGUCGGCCCAAGUCCGGUCGGAAGGCGGCCUCAACGUCACCCUCACCAUCCGGCUCCUCAUGCACGGAAAAGAAGUGGGCAGCAUCAUUGGAAAGAAAGGGGAAACGGUGAAAAAAAUGCGCGAAGAGAGCGGCGCGCGAAUAAACAUCUCGGAAGGCAACUGCCCAGAGAGGAUCGUCACCAUCACGGGACCGACGGACACCAUCUUCAAGGCCUUUGCCAUGAUUGCCUAUAAAUUUGAGGAGGACAUCAUCAACUCCAUGAGCAACAGCCCGGCCAUCAGCAAGCCGCCGGUCACCUUGAGGCUGGUGGUGCCGGCCAGCCAGUGCGGCUCUCUCAUCGGCAAAGGAGGCUCCAAAAUCAAAGAAAUGCGAGAGUCCACAGGGGCGCAGGUUCAGGUGGCCGGAGACAUGCUGCCCAACUCCACCGAGCGCGCCGUGACAAUCUCCGGGACCCCCGAAGCCAUCAUCCAGUGUGUCAAACAGAUUUGUGUCGUCAUGCUGGAGUCGCCGCCCAAAGGGGCCACGAUUCCUUAUCGCCCGAAGCCCGCUUCCACCCCUGUCAUUUUUUCCGGGGGCCAGGCCUACACAAUUCAGGGACAAUAUGCCAUUCCACAUCCAGAUCAGCUGACCAAGCUCCACCAGCUGGCUAUGCAGCAAACCCCCUUUACCCCCCUCGGACAGACCACCCCCGCUUUCCCCGGUUUGGAAGCGAGUCCACCGGCCAGCACUCAUGAGCUCACCAUUCCUAAUGACCUCAUAGGCUGCAUCAUCGGACGUCAAGGCACCAAGAUCAACGAAAUCCGCCAAAUGUCGGGAGCUCAGAUCAAAAUCGCCAACGCCAUCGAAGGCUCGACCGAGCGGCAGAUCACCAUCACCGGGACGCCCGCCAACAUCAGUCUGGCUCAGUAUCUCAUCAAUGCCAGCGCCGGAAAGCAUGAUGACGCUUACCGCUUUGCCAUCUGGAAUGCCGGCGCACAUUCCCACUUGGAUAUUAGCUCGCAUGAGCGCUCCUGAAAUCACCGCUCCAAGACGGCCGGACGGCGAGACCCAAUCGGAAGCUUUCAAACGCCAUUCUCCUUGACGAUGAAUUGUAAAAUCAGUUGAGCGCUUUGAGCCCAGCCGACCUUUGAGGA